AUGAGUCAUUUAGGGGUGCCGGCUCAGCGAAAGAGAGCUUUAUCAGUCAACAAUGCUACUCAUACUGAAAAAGCCGCGAUGGAUAGCGCAUUGGACAGCUUGCAAAAUGAUCUUACUUUGAUUUCAUCACAAUGGAACAAAGUUAUCAUAGCUGGCGCCAAUCCGCUCGAAUUAGCUCUGGCCUUUCUGGACGAUACUUCCGUUGGUCUCGGCUACCGUCAUAAUGAGUUCAAACACUUGAGCUCGCGGCUCGCGCAUGACCUACAGCAGGCUGUCAAUGAACAUUAUCAGGCCUUCAACACAAACAUCGCCUCUUAUGAGCAAACAGUGGAACUUAUCAGUGAGUCCCAGGGGCACAUACGUGACAUCAAAGAAAAUAUUGUCGGUUCCACAACCAACAUGAGAGGAACUCAAACCGAUCUUGAAAAAUUGAACGAGUCUUGCCAGGACAUUAACGCGAUGCUUGAAGUUCUGGAUGCUGUUGAUCAAUUACUGGCAGUUCCGGACGUUGUUGACGACCUUAUUAGACAAAAGUCCUAUUUUCAAGCAAAAGAAGCCUUAGUUAAAGGUUUUUCAUCCGCCUCCACUUUUGACUUGUGGAAGAUUCCAGCGCUACGAACUACAAGGCAAAUACUUGAAUCCCAGAAGCAUACACUAUACGAAACCUUGAUCGAAGACAUAAGCGAUAUAGUCUACUCGAAAAGGCUCAAUGUAAGCCCGCGCUACGAAAUUCGAGCACCUCAACUGAACGAUGGAAGUUACAGCAAUAUGGAGUCAUAUUUGAGCAACACUGUUGAUCUUGAUAUUGAAGAGCAAUCAGUGGCCGUGAAUUCGGGAUUGAACAAGUUUCUGAAGCAAUUAGGACUGCGUGCUUCCCAAUUAAAAGAGCCACAUCUAUAUUCUAGUAGUCGUGAAUCAACCUAUGAAAAGAUUUUCGACAUGUUAAGCAUACUUAAUGACAUGGAUGAGUUACACGUUGCAUUAGUAGGGAUAUCGGGUCGUGCAAAAGAAGAGAUUCACAACGUGAUUACACAAGCAACUGAGGCAAUGAGAGUGAAGCAUCCAUCUUUGAUCAAAUUAACAGUAAGUCUCGAGGGUGAAAGUGAAUUUGGCAUCCCAGGGCAGGACGCGCUGUCCCUUUUUUUAAGAAAUGUGUUUUGGGAAAUAUUUUCUAAAUUGCUUCUAGCACUCCAAGGCCAUCGGGUGAUUUACGAAGUUUCUCAAGCUCUACAAUCCUCUUCGGUAAUUGGUGAAAAGUACAAGUUUGAUGAGAUCUGGGACAAGACGUUGGAUGAAGUCCGGCUCUUGUUGCAGAACUACACGAAGGACACCAAAUUACGUGAUCUUCCUAAAAGUAAGCUUUCGAAGAUUGAAGCAUCUAAUAAUGAAAAUGAAUUGAGAAAACCACUGGGUUUCCUUCUUCAAAAUAAUGUGGAUGAUGAUUCCUCAACCAGAAACCAUGCAAACGAUCUAAAAGAUCUGCUAAAAGAAAUGUUUCCUGGGUUCUCCGCAUCCGCUAACUUGGAGCUGAAAUCAAUUUAUUUAGAGGAAGAGGCUUUUGAGCAAGAAGAAACCUUAGUACCUCCCAAAAUCUUUAAUAUGGCAUUUAUCCUCGAAUCCUUGCUUCUCUUUGUUCAGGGUAGUACUGGUCUUCUUCCAGCAAGCUUUUUUGAAAAAUCGAUAUCCCCACUUAAUUUCUUUAAUGAGUUUAUGGGAAAUGACUUCUUGCCGCAGUUUGAACUAACAGUUACUCAUCUUUUCAAAACAAAUGUGGAGGCCUCAAAUCCAUACCUUCUCGAAUCACAAUCCGACAGUCACCCUAUAUUCAAGCCCGCUUUUGAUUUUAAAAACCUCUUCUGCAAAAUUCUGUGCUUGUUCAACACUACGUACACUUACAGAGCAAAAGUUGUGAGCGUAAUUUUGAAGCUGCUGGACAGAUUUUACAGCUAUUAUCAGAAGAUUCUAUCAAAACUCUUGGGAUCAGUUGUGAAUACUAGGUUGGACAAAAAAAUUAUCAGCAAAUGGAAUGAAAAUGCGGAGCUGAGAGAAAUCACAAACAAAAUUUUCGAAGGAGAUACAUCUUGUUUUGAGGAAGAAACGAAUGAACUUUUGAAAGCUUGUCCAAACUUUUUCCUUAAAGGCCAAAAUUUAAAAAAACAGGAACUUUUUAAUAACCUGACGUUGGAGACGGUAGCGUCCUUCUUGAACACGAUAAAAGAUAUCAAGUUGUGGUUGGCAAACCUGCGGAAAGUUUCAAGCAACGCGGACUUCGACAACCGAAACGGGAGCUUGGGAGCAAAUACGCUAAAAGAAGAGUGGUCGUUAUUUGAAGUUCCCGGUGGGGAAGCUCUCGUGAAUUCACAUAGCUUAAAACUGCUACUCAACAGCGAAAGUGCACAAAAGCUUGACCGUUUAUUGGACAAUUUUCAAGCCAUGGAAAACAAACUUUGGGCAUCUUUAAGAUACGACAUUAGGGCUCGAUCUAUCUACUAUGUCACUCAAUUUCUGCAGGAUUCUUUGUGGUGCCCUGAGGUAGCAAGUGUGGAACUCGAUCACAACAUCUCCACGCUUACCGCAGAGCUGAACACGUUGGAAAGCAGACUCAAGGAAUCGAUAACGCCCAGACAGAAGGAAUUAGUCUUUGAAGGCCUGUCGGGAUUUCUCAGUGAGGUUCUUAUUUUGGGAUCACGGUGCGUCGUCGCUUACAACCACAAUGGGGCAAAGAAGAUGAUUAAAAACAUCAAUAUUCUGCAACACGCGUGUAGAAGCUUCGCCUCGUCUCCUCAGAGCGUGAAUAUGAGCAUGGCGCUUGAAUAUUUCAAUUUAUGUGCGGAUACAGAAAUGACUGUUGUGCAGCGUGCAAAUGCUGGUGAGCUACAAAAAUUCUCUAUAGAAGAUAUCAAGAACAUUUUGAGACUUCAGUUGAGUGAGGAAUUGCAACGCCAAAUGAAACGCGAGUCUGGAAUGGGAAGAGCGCCUUCUAUGUCAGCCAAUAAGCGCCUGUCGGACGCUGUUGGACGUCUGCAGCUGACAAGACGCAACGAAUAA